AUGGGUUCUGCCCAGCCGAAGAGCGGCAGUUGUCAAAUAAAUGCAAAGGCCCCGGGGUGUGGAGGGAGGGCUGGGGUUCGACGCGAGCGAGGCGCAAAGACAUCCACCCCUUCCGGGUUUAUCAGGGAGCCCCCAGCAGAACAGUGUCCAGGAUUCCGGCUGGGUGCCAGGGGAGGGAGCUCAGGCCCGGGCCCCUUCCGGACCGCCAGCUCAGUCCCGGCCGCCACGAUGACCAAAAAGUUCACCCGCGCCAAGCUCCGAGAGACCGGCCAGAGAUUCAAGAGUUUUCUGGCCGCCCGAGGACAGGACCAGGAAACCAACCGUGAGCGGCUGCGAGAGCUUUACAACCAAGACUUCAAGAGCAGUCUCAGGUCCUCUGGCAGCCAUGGGGAGCAUGGGAACCUUGAAGAUCCUGUGCCUACCUUCUCCUCCAUGCUCUAUGGGAUGAGCUGUUAUGGUCAAGCUAAGGUCACCAAGGAUAAGGUCAAAUUUUGCAAGGUGAAUCACAAGAAGAAGAAAGUGAAGCAGGAAGAUGGGGGUUUUAUAGAGAUUAAACCUCCAGGAUCGAAGAAGACAAAGUCCGAACUGACAAAGAUCUUCCAAAAUCGGGCAGAAUACAUCCGUGGGAAACAUGGUGUGGAUGUGGACGUUGAAGGAGCCUACACACGCAGAGAUGGGCAGCUCAUUGUCCACCUGGACUUGGACCAGAAGGUGGUAUUGACUCUGAGGCUUCAGAAUGGGGGAAGUUAUCCAGUCACCCUGCUCCGCAUCAUUCCACUUUGCCGGGUUUCCCAGUUAACAUUCAAGUCAGAGAUGCAAGAAGAUAUGCCGCUCACACUAAAUCCUGGGAACUUUCAUGAGCUCCAUGUCCAUUGUCAGACCACGUAUGUAGGCUAUUUUCCCGCAACGGUGCUAUGGGAGCUGCAAGGACCUUUGGGGUCAAGGAUCGAGGUACCAGGAAUCUUCCGCAUUGCCCGAUUCCUUGCUGUGGUAGCCCGAAGCCCCCUGGCUGAUCUGCUGAGUCCCACAGUUCCCUACCGCCGCAGCCGAUUUACACCACACCCUGCUUUGACCAGCCGGGUAGAAGAGGGAGAGAGACCAGACAGGGGUCAGGGGUUUGACCUGGAGAUGACUUUGGGUCUUUCAAAGUACCACUGCCCGACCAACCUGAAGCAACUGCAUCCACAACUCCUGAAAUCAACCAGUAAAUCAACCAGUUUCAGCCAUCAUAACGAUGUGGCUAAGAUCCAAAACCGGCUGAAGACUCCGCUAAGUUGGAAGAAUUAUGAGGAGAAGUUUUGCCUGCUUCUACACCUAGAAGAGCUACAGAUGGAGCAAGACAUCCGCCGUUAUGACCUAGAGGCUGUCCCCAUGGUCUGGGACCCAAAGGACCGAGACCCCCCACUCCUUACCUUACAGGUUCCUGGCGUCGCUGAGAACCGCCCUUCUGUGCUUCGAGGGGAUCACUUAUUUGCUAUCGUCACCUCAGACCAGGGCCAGGAUGUGAUCACCUAUAAGGGCUUUGUGCAUCGGGUCGAGUUGGAUCGGGUCAAGCUGAGCUUCUCUCCAGGACUCCUGAAUCGGUUUGUGAAUGGAAUGACCUUCAAAGUGACCUUUACCUUCAACCGGCAACCGCUUCGGGUCCAACACCGGGCCCUGGAAUUGGCAGGGCCCAACAUGCUGGAGCCGCUGCUGUUUCCUUCUUCCCCCCGUGGGAUCCCUCUCUUGCCUCCCAAAUUGCAACUUACGCUGUAUGACCGGAAUCUAGAGUCCAACCCUGAACAGCUGCAAGCAGUGAGGCAUAUAGUUCUGGGCACUUCCCGUCCCACUCCCUACAUCAUCUUUGGGCCUCCAGGGACUGGAAAGACCGUCACCUUGGUGGAGGCUAUUAAGCAGGUGGUGAAGCACCUGCCAGAUGCCCAUGUGCUGGCUUGUGCCCCGUCCAACUCAGCUGCUGAUCUGCUAUGCAAGAACCUCCGGCCGCAUCUGCCCAAUUCCAUCUACCGCCUCCUGGCACCCAGUAGGGACUUCUACUUUGUGCCUGAGGAAAUCAAGCCCUGCUGUAACUGGGACCCACAGAAAGGGAUUUACGUUUACCCUGCCAAGAAGAAGCUGCAGGAAUACCGUGUUCUUAUUACCACCCUCGUCACUGCCGCCAGGCUGGUCUCAGCUGAGUUUCCUCCCAGUCAUUUUACGCACGUCUUCAUCGAUGAGGCUGGCCAUGCUGUGGAACCUGAGAGCCUUGUAGCUGUAGCAGGAUUGCUGGCCAUUAGGGAUUCAGAUAAUCCAGGAGGACAACUGGUCCUGGCCGGAGAUCCCCAGCAGUUGGGGCCUGUGCUCCGUUCCUCCCUCACCCAAAAACAUGGGCUGGGUGUUUCUCUGCUGGAGCGGCUCCUUAAUCACAACCCUCUGUACCAGAAGGGCCCCAAGGGGUAUAAUCCCCUGCUCGUCACCAAGUUAUUGCGCAACUACAGGUCUCACCCUCACAUUCUGCACAUCCCUAACAAUCGGUACUAUGAUGGUGAGCUGCAGGCCUAUGCAGACCCAAGGGACAGAGAACGAUAUUGUCGCUGGGAGGGACUGCCUAACCAGGGCUUCCCGAUCAUUUUUCAUGGUGUGAUGGGUAAGGAUGACCGUGAAGGAAACAGCCCGUCUUUCUUCAACUCAGAGGAGGCAGCCACGGUUGUUUCCUACCUGAAGAAACUUCUGACCUCAGCACCCAAGAAAGGCCAAGGCCGACUGAGCCCCCAGCAUGUGGGAGUUAUCUCCCCAUACAGGAAACAGGUGGAAAAAAUCUACCAGUGUAUCACCAAGCUGGAUAAGGAACUUAAGGGGCUUGACAACAUCAAGGAGUUGAAGGUGGGCUCCGUGGAAGAGUUCCAAGGCCAAGAACGUAGUGUACUUCUUGUGUCCACUGUCCGUAGCAGCCAGAGUUUUGUCCAGAUGGAUUUUGACUUCAACCUGGGCUUUCUCCGGAACCCCAAGAGAUUCAAUGUGGCAGUGACACGGGCCAAGGCCCUUCUUAUUAUUGUGGGGAACCCUCUGCUCCUGUGCCAGGAUCCUGAGUGGAAAACGUUCCUGUGCUUCUGUAAAGAAAAUGGUGGCUACACUGGGUGUCCUUUCCCCAACAUGGAAGUAGAGGAGCAGGCUCUGCAGAUGCAGCUGAGUACCCUGAGCCUUGGCCCCUCUACCUCAGACACUCAUCCUCAUGACUGUGCCCCUCUGGUGAGCGGCCUUCAGGAGCAAGUGGAACCACCCUGGAGAAACGAGCUUUGAGGAGACCCUUCCCUCUCAGCCCCAGCCAUCAGCCAAGCCAUCCCCCCCACCCCCUCCCAGCUAGAGAUGACACAUCGAGCUUCUGGGAUUGUUUUUGGGGGGGUGGGGAAGAGGGAGGGGGAAGGAAGAGGACUCUGGAAACAAUAAAAUUUGUUCUAAGCUAUGA